AAUCUUUUUUGUCAUUGAACUAAGCAGAUCUUCGUGAUAGUAAAGCUGCUCGACUGCUUCUUGUUUCUGCUGCUUACUUUCUGCUCAGCUCUCUAAUUUGCUCCAUCGCGCUAAAGAUUCAGUCACUAUAAUUCCAAGAGUUGCAGCAGUUACGUUCUAAGUUGUAGGAGAUAUUCAUGAUCUUUAUCAAUUAAUUUUGUGAUCAUGGACAAAAUAUCUCAAGAUUGUCCAUACCCAGGCUGCUUUUUCUGUGUCAUGAAGGAAGGAAACCCCAGCAAACGUAGAGCGAGCAUAUUGAAAUUUUUCCGAGAACUUCCCUCACAGGAUGAUGAUGGUCAGGUUCUUCCAAUCAGCGGUCUUUGGAACACUGCAAUGGCGCAUCCUAAUGAUCCCGAAUUUAUUGAAUUGGGCAUAUUUGAAUGCAUGACAGCACUUAUUUGGAAAGGUUUGAAGAAUCGCAGAUGGCUUUCUCAUGACCAAAAUAUAUAUAUUCCUUAUUACGCAGCCCACAUUAUUGGUUCCUACACCAUGAAUAUGGAAGAAUUUGCAGAAUCCGCUGUUCAUGCUGGAGUGGUCCCUGCCUUGGUUGAACUUCUUCGAGGAAGGCUAACCUGGGUCGAACAGAGAGUAGCUGUCCGGGCUCUUGGCCACUUGGCAACAUAUGCUAGUACUUUUCCUGCUGUAGCUAGCCAUGGCGAGAUCCUUGAGCUUUCCAUCCAACUUGCAAUGAGUUCACUUGAGAUAGUUUACUCACACUUUUACCAGAAUGCUGACAGAAGACUAAGUUAUCAUUGUGACCUGCUAACACGUGGCAUGGGUGGUGUUGAGAUGGAAUCCAGGAAAGCAGAGGAAUGGGCUAGUCAGUUACAGUGCUGGUCCCUUCAACUAAUUAAUUGUUUUGCUUUUAAACCUGAGUUCCUUUCAACUAUCUGCAAACAAGACUUUCUUAUAAAACUACCAGGCAUGUGGGGUGGACUUGUUAAUGAAAAUUCACCUGCUGGUAUUGGUUUAUUACGGACAAUCUGUCACCACAAGGUUGGUAAAGGACCAGUUGCUAGCUGCCCUGGUAUGAUUGAAGCAUUGUGUAAUAUUGCUCGCUCGUCAGAUGACUGGCAGUCUAUGGCUAUUGAUUGUCUUCUGUGGUUGCUCCAAGAUCCAACCACAUGUCAUAAGGUAAUUGAUACAGCAGUACCUGCACUUCUUGACCUUGCAGAUAUUUCUACCCUUGGAGAUCACAAAAAGCUUGGUGAUUCCAUCGUUAAUGCUCUCCAGGAGUGUAUUCCUUCUCUAGGGACCGCUCGCAAUUCUGUUAGUCGCAAUUCUGUUAGUGAUCAAAUCAAAGAUGAAAUUGAAGAAAUAUUAAGUUCCAGGCAGAGAUUUAAAUGGGAAAAAAAUCUGCCAAAAGAGGAUCUCCAUAUAAAGCAAGCAGCAUCACUAGUUGUAAAACUCGAAGGAAAUUCUCUUUUUUCGGCGGGAAAUAUCUCUGGAGCAGCAUCAAAAUACUCAGAAGCACUGUCGUUGUGUCCGAUGAGAUCAAAGAAAGAGAGAGUCGUGCUUUUUAGUAAUCGAGCUCAGUGUCGACUUCUAUUACAGCAACCCUUGGCUGCUAUUAGUGAUGCUACCCGUGCACUUUGCCUUCACAACCCUGUCAACCGUCAUGCCAAAAGCUUGUGGAGAAGAGCACAAGCAUAUGACAUGCUUGGGUUAGCUAAAGAGAGCUUACUAGAUGCUAUUCUUUUUAUUAACGAGUGCUCUCAGUCAACUGAUCCUGAUCUGUCCCUGAGGCAAAAUAAGGUUCCUGACUAUGCCGAGCGUUUAGUCAAGAAGCAGAUGCGUGAAGCAUGGUUAUUCAAGGAGGCUGCUAUCAAACAUGGUGGCGUGCACAUGGAAGGUCAUGGGGGAGAAGUAUAUGGACAAGAAAGUGAUGAUUCUGAAUGGGAAACAGCCAGUGAAAGUGACAUUGGAAACGAUGGAAGGGAUGAGAUGGGCGAAAAUGAUAAAGCUAGAUAUGAUAAACCGUCAAAAGGUGCACAGCGCGCAUACAUCGAGCUAACAGAAGAUGAUGAAUGACUGCAUGAGUCCUGAAGUAAUCACACAACAAUAUUUUUCAGAAAAACAUGACUGGGACGCAAUAAGCAAUGAAAUGCCUUUCUGUAAAGGUGCAGGUUUAAGGACAACUCAUCUUUGAUCAAGUUUAUAGUUCAAAUAGCAGUAUAGAGUGUUAUGUUUCAGUUAUAUUUAUCUUGUGUUCGGUUGUGUGAGUCCCGCCAUUAGAAUGCCAGCAAAACUAAAACGGAACUAAGAGUGGCAUUACUCCCUUGCAUUAGAUCAAUUGGGAUGGAAUGUUUUUGUGUGUGUGAGAGUGAUUGAAGAAACUUUUCUGUACAGUUAUUGAUGAUUAUUUUUAACUGUAUCUAAACUAAAGUUUUGAGUGUUUGAACAAGUCACAACCUUUUUUGGGGACCGGACUUUACUACUCAUUUUAACUUUUGUA